UGUGAGCCACCAUGCCCAGCCAGAAAUCAGAGUUUUGAUCCUGCUGCUGAACUCCGGUGGAAUGUCUGGUUAAAGUUGCUUGGUCUGAGAACUUGCUGGCAGUGAUGGUGAAAGCAUAGGAAACUGCCCCUUUUCCCAGAGGCUCUUCAUGAUUCUUUGGCUCAAAGGAGUUGUGUUCAGUGUCACCACUGUUGACCUGAAAAGGAAGCCUGCAGACCUGCAGAACUUGGCUCCUGGGACCCACCCACCAUUUAUAACUUUCAACAGUGAAGUUAAAACGGAUGUAAAUAAGAUUGAGGAAUUUCUUGAAGAAGUCUUAUGCCCUCCCAAGUACUUAAAGCUUUCACCAAAACACCCAGAGUCAAAUACUGCUGGAAUGGACAUCUUUGCCAAAUUCUCUGCCUAUAUCAAGAAUUCAAGGCCAGAGGCUAAUGAAGCACUCGAGAGGGGUCUCUUGAAAACACUGCAGAAACUGGACGACUACCUGAAUUCUCCGCUCCCUGAUGAAAUUGAUGAAAAUAGUAUGGAGGACAUUAAGUUUUCUACACGUAAAUUUCUGGACGGCAAUGAAAUGACUUUAGCGGAUUGCAACCUGCUGCCCAAACUGCAUAUUGUCAAGGUGGUGGCCAAGAAAUACCGCAACUUUGAUAUUCCAAAAGGAAUGACUGGCAUCUGGAGAUACUUAACUAAUGCAUAUAAAAGGGAUGAGUUCACCAAUACCUGUCCCAGCGAUAAGGAGGUUGAAAUAGCAUAUAGCGAUGUAGCCAAAAGACUGACCAAGUAAAAUAGCAGUUAAUGACAGUGAUACCUUCACAUCUUCCCUUAAGAAUAUGCUUUUCUUAACAGUCUGCUCCUCUUCCUAGAGUAGAAAUGGUAUUUUGCAUGAACAUGCCAUAAUUCAAGAUUAGGAUCAAGGAUAGACAAGGUAUAGUAGUUAUCUUCAAAUAUACACUCCUAAGCAGUAUUAUUUCAAAAUCCUUUCACCCUGCCUACCUCCUCUACCCAUAUCCUCCUCGCCUCUAAUUUGGAGACACUCCAUCCCAAACUUUUCACUUUAGAGGUAAUUUGCCAUCUCUCGGGAGCCCUCCCCAUUGCAUCCCUUCACUGUGUGCAGAUGGCACUACUUUUGAGGUGCAAUGUCUAACUAGUAGCCACAACUUCAUCAGGCGGUCCCAAACUGGUGUGUAAUCCAUGGUACAAGGAAUAUUUAUGUAUUUUUUGAAAUUUUGUAAUAUUUAGUAGAGUAUAUGAAAGGAUUGCUACUGUAUCAGAAAUGAUUCUGUUUCAAUUUAGUCUAUCCUGGAUAUGUACUAAAGAGUAUUGCCACCAGAGAAGAGAGCCUUCUGCAGAAAGUCACUACAGAUUUUGCUGUUUGGCUUUGUAGAUAGAUUUUUCACUUUUGCCUAAAAGCAUUCAUCCUUCAUCUCAGUUGCAACAGCUAACGCUGUGUAGAAGGUGAAAGUUUAGAGGGAGAGGUGGUUUUCUCAAGAUCUUCUGCAAGCAUUUUGUCCUUCUAAUAGUAACCGAGGAGCACCUGAGACUCUGUCUGAAUGUGUUUGUUAUAUAUGUUUUGCCCAGUGCCAUUUAUUGGAACAUUAUUUCUUUUCUCCUUUGUUUUAAAAAAUUCCUUUUUAGGUAA